AUGUCCCCCGGCACCGUUUCCCCCCUCGCCGACGUCAAGGGCCUCACCUUUGACGUCUUCGGCACCGUCGUGGACUGGCGCGGCUCCAUCACCGAGGAGCUCGCCCUGCGCGCCCACCGCAAGCUCUCGUCCCCGGACGCCGCGCUCGACGACGCCACGCGGGAGCGCGCCCGUGCCCUGAGCAGCGACGGCGAGGGCUGGGGACGCUUCGCCCAUGAGUGGCACGAGUCGUACGGCGCCUUCACGCGGUCCUUCGACCCGGAGCGAGACACCUGGAAGACCAUCGACGAGCACACCCGCGAGAGCCUCGCCUCGCUGCUCGACUCGUGGGGCCUCCACGGGCUCUAUUCCGACGCCGAGCUCGACUCGCUGAGCCUCGUCUGGCACCGCCUCCGCCCCUGGCCCGACUCGUCCGACGGGCUCGCGCAGCUCAACGCCAGCGGCCGCGUCACGACCGCGACGCUGUCCAACGGCAACGUCUCCCUGUUGCGGGACCUGGACGACUUUGGCGCCCUGGGUUUCCAGCGCCUCUUCUCGGGCGAGACGUUCCGCGCGUACAAGCCCAACCCGGCGACGUACCUUGGCGCGGCGCGGGAGCUGGGCCUCGAGCCGGGCCAGGUCGCCAUGGUGGCCGCGCACCUCGAGGACCUGCAGUCCGCGCGCGCGUGCGGCCUGCGCACCGUCUACGUCGAGCGCCCGCGCGAGGAGGCCUGGAGCCGCGACGACGAGCGAUAUGGCCGCGCGCGCGAGUGGGUUGACCUCUGGAUCGCCGAGGACGAAGGCGGCUUCGUCACACUGGCGAAACGGCUGGGUGAGCUUGCUUCGUGA